AUGGAAGCCUUCAAGCCUCAAAACAACCUGGCCCAGAGGGAGAAACCCGAUGUGGGGCCAGUUUCUGUCACUAUCCCAGCCUCCCCCUUCAUGCAGAAGCUUGGAUACGGCACUGGGGUCAACGUCUACCUGAUGAAAAGAUCUCCCAGAGGUUUGUCUCGCUCCCCAUGGGCUGUGAAGAAAAUCAAUUCCAAAUGCAACAGCAGCCAGCAAAGCAUCUAUCAGCAGAGACUGAACGAUGAAGCCAAGAUCUUGAAGAACCUCCAGCACCCCAACAUCGUGGGUUACCGCGCGUUCACUGAGGCCAACGAUGGAAGCAUGUGCCUGGCCAUGGAAUACGGAGGAGAAAAAUCGCUCUGUGACUUGAUUGAAGAAAGAAGUGCAAAACGGUUGGGCCCUUUCCCUGCUGCCACUAUCUUCAAAGUCGCUCUGAGCAUGGCGAGGGGGCUGAAGUAUCUGCACAAUGAUAAGAAGUUGCUCCAUGGAGAUAUCAAGUCUUCCAACGUGGUCAUUAAAGGUGACUUUGAAGCCAUCAAGAUCUGUGAUGUGGGAGUGUCCCUGCCCCUGGAUGAGAACAUGACUGUGAGUGACCCUGACAUGCAGUACAUUGGCACUGAGCCCUGGAAGCCCAAGGAAGCUCUGCAUGACGAUGGCAUCAUCACCGACAAGGCUGACAUCUUCCCUUUUGGGCUGACUCUCUGGGAAAUGAUGACCCUCUCUGUGCCCCACCUCAACUUGGGUGAUGAGCCUGAUGACGGAGAUGAAUCUUUUGACGAAGACUCCUUUGACGAGGAAGCAUACUACAACGCCCUAGGAACACGUCCAGCCCUCAACAUGGAUGAACUGGACUCAUCCUACCAGCACAUGAUUGAUCUCUUCUCUCUCUGCACCAGUGAGGACCCCAAGAAACGUCCCUCAGCCGCAUGCAUCGUGGAAGUCCUAGAGGCAACUCUGGCCCAGGGGUAA